GGCUGAGGGAAAGGCGGAGAGACCCGCACGCGCGCGGCGGCGCCAUGGCGGAGCGAGGGGCGUCGGUGCUGGGCGGCCCUCGGGGCUCUGGGGCCGGCGCUUCGCUGCUCCAGCCGGCGCCUUGUGUCCCGCCGUCGGCUCCGCAGCCUUCGUCGGGGUCCCCGGCGCUGAGCGGGACGCCUCAGCUGCUGGCCCCGCCGUCUGUGCCUCCGCCGCUGCCGCAGCCCUCGUCGCCCCCGCAGCCCGCCCUGGCCGCCCCUGGCUCGGGGGCUUCGGGCCCCGGCGGUGGAGGGGCGCCCCCUCCUCAGGCCCCGCCGGGCUCGGCGGCCGGGGGUCGCCCGGUGCAGAUGAACCUUUACGCCACCUGGGAGGUGGACCGGAGCUCGCCCAGCUGCGUGCCCAGGCUGUUUAGUCUGACUUUGAAGAAACUCAUCAUGCUGAAAGAGAUGGAUAAGGAUCUCAGCUCGGUGGUGAUUGCGGUCAAGCUGCAGGGUUCCAAGCGGAUCCUGAGGUCCAACGAGAUCGUGCUGCCCGUCAGCGGCCUCGUGGAAACGGAACUGCAGCUGACGUUCUCGCUACAGUACCCUCACUUCCUGAAGCGCGACGCCAACAAACUGCAGAUCAUGUUGCAGAGAAGGAAGCGGUACAAAAACCGGACUUUCCUGGGUUACAAAACCUUGGCUGUGGGCUUGAUCAACAUGGCCGAGGUGAUGCAGCACCCAAGCGAGGGAGCCCUGGUGUUGGGACUACACAGCAGCGCGAAAGACGUCUCCGUUCCCGUGGCCGAAAUCAAAAUCUACUCCCUGUCCAGCCAGCCCAUCGACCACGAAGGACUCAAGUCCAAAUUAUCAGAUCGAUCCCCUGACAUCGAUAACUACUCCGAGGAGGAAGAGGAGAGCUUCUCGUCCGAGCAAGAAGGAAGCGACGACCCCUUACACGGGCAGGAUUUGUUCUACGAAGACGACGACCUGAGGAAGGUGAAAAAACCCAGAAGGAAACUGACCUCCACGUCGGCCAUCACUCGGCAGCCAAAUAUUAAGCAGAAGUUUGUGGCUUUACUGAAAAGGUUCAAAGUCUCGGAUGAGGUGGGCUUCGGCUUAGAGCACGUUUCUCGCGAGCAGAUCCGGGAGGUGGAAGAAGACCUGGACGAGCUGUACGACAGCCUGGAGAUGUACAACCCCAGCGACAGCGGCCCCGAGAUGGAGGACACCGAGAGCAUCCUCAGCACCCCGAAGCCCAAACUGAAGCCUUUCUUUGAAGGAAUGUCCCAGUCCAGUUCCCAGACAGAAAUUGGAAGCCUGAACAGUAAAGGAAGCCUUGGCAAGGAUGCCACCAGCCCGAUCGAAGCCUCCUCCGGGGACAAACUCAAACAGAAUCGGACCAAAAACAUCGAUGACAACAUCAACGAAACGGACAUCCUGGAAGGGAACGAGCAGGAAGCUUACGGGGACCUAUCCAACACCUUAAUUAUCCCCGAAAAAGUCAAGACGCCGAUGAAAACGAACAAGGGGGAUCUUCAAAGCAUGGCCUCACCUAGCAAAAUGGACAGCGCCGGGCACACCCCGCGUCAGAAACGCAGCACUCCGCUCAAGGAACGUCAACUUUCCAAGCCGCUGAGUGAAAGGACCAACAGCUCUGACAGCGAAAGGUCCCCGGAUUUAUGUCACAGUACGCAGAUUCCUCGCAAGGUCGUUUACGACCAGUUGAAUCAGAUCCUCGUGUCGGAUGCUGCACUGCCUGAAAAUGUGAUCCUGGUGAAUGCCGUGGACUGGCAAGGCCAGUAUGUGGCUGAUCUCCUCCAGGAUCAGAAGAAACCCGUGGUUUGUACCUGCACCACGGUUGAAGUGCAAGCCGUCCUCUCUGCUCUCCUCACCCGGAUCCAGAGAUACUGCAAUUGCAAUUCCUCCAUGCCGCGCCCGGUGAAGGUGGUCUCCGUCGGGGGCCAAAGCUACCUGAGUGCCAUUUUGAGGUUUUUCGUGAAGCAGCUGGCCAACAAGACGUCGGACUGGCUCAACCACAUGAAAUUCCUCAUCAUUCCUCUAGGAUCUCACCCGGUCGCGAAAUACCUGGGCUCUGUGGACAGCCGAUACAGCAAUAUGUUUUUAGACACCUCUUGGCGCGACCUCUUCAGCAAAACCGAACCACCUGCAAUAGAACCCCUGGAUGUGGUAGGCCGGAUCACCCAGUAUGUGAACGGCGCCAACAUCACUCACCAGCUGCCUGUGGCAGAGGCCAUGCUGACCUGCAAAUACAAAUUCCAAGAUGAGGAUUCCUACCAGAAAUUCAUCCCUUUCAUUGGGGUGGUUAAGGUCGGCCUCAUUGAAGAUUCACCUUCAGCAGCAGGCGAAGGGGACGAUUCCCCGGUCAUCAGCCUCACCGUCCCCUCCACUUCUCCGCCUUCAACGUCAGGCCUCACCAAGGACGUAUCUGCCACCCCGCCGUCCUCCCCCUCAAUGACCAGCGGCUUGGCUGUGGUGGGGUCUCCCGGCAGCCCUUACAGUGAUGUGAUUGGCCUGCAGGUGGAUUACUGGCUGGCUCAACCCACGGAGAAGAGGAAGGAAGGGGAGAAGAAGGAUAGCAGCUCCAAGAACACCUUGAAGAGCGUCUUCCGUUCGGUCCAAGUCUCGCGGCUUCCCAACAGCGGGGAGACCCAGCCCUCGGGGACCAUGGCUAUGACCGUCGUCACCAAGGAGAAGAACAAGAAGGUGCCCACCAUUUUCCUGAGCAAGAAACCCAAAGAGAGAGAAGUCGAUUCCAAGAGCCAAAUGAUUGACGGCAUCAGCCGGCUCAUCUGCUCAGCCAAACAGCAGCAGACCAUGCUGAAAGUUUCCAUCGACGGAGUGGAAUGGAGCGACAUCAAGUUCUUUCAGCUGGCCGCCCAGUGGCCCACCCACGUCAAGCACUUCCCCGUGGGACUUUUUGGCACCAAGCCAGCCUGAAAAAAAGGGGGAGGAGGAACGGCAAGGACCACCUUCCCGCGCCCUCCUGGCUCCGUCGCAGCGCCACCCUCCAUCCGAACCAUCCACCAACCGAGAGCUGCGCUAAAGCUCCCUUCAACCGUGUCGCGUUUCCUGUGUCUCGAUCGGGCUUUGCUGGAGAGGGGGUGGGGUGGGAGGGAGGGAUGGAGGGUCCCAAACCCCCCCCAAAAAAAAUCAGAUGGGGGGGGUUGUUUUCGAUCCAGCCAAGUACCUGGCCCGCCGACUGCUUUUAUAACGCGUACUGCCACAUUGUGCUCUGGGCCUCCCGUGGCCUCUCAUCCGUGCUGAGCGUGCCACCAUUCGAGAACCCAUUCUUCUGAUCACUCCAGAUCUCUCCCGUCCACCCAUUGGACCCUGGACCAUUUCUCUUCCUUGUUCUGGGUCGGCACCACGGUGCCGGAGUCUUCCGAAACAGCUUGUCAGCGAACUUGUGAUCCGCGGGAAAACCGUGUUCCAUCCUCUGCUGAGCCAUCUGACCACCCUCGAGAUGCUAUCCCGAUUUUUUCUUUUUUCUUUUUUUUGGUCUCGUUUUGGCUUUUGUAGAAGCACAACCCCA